CUUUAGGUAAUCGCUAGGCUGGAGCUGCAACACUGGAAGCUACCACCGUCGAUACAAUCGACAUCUAUCCGGUAAUUCUUGCUCUUCGAAGCUAUCCCCAGAUUAACUCUUUUACACCAAUUCGGUCUCAUAGAUCGAUCUACUACUCAAAAAUCUCUUUUCCUCCCAAAUACCGGUCCCUAACACCGUUUACCCAUCUCCGAGAACGAAUCCAUCAAUAUGGCUUCGAAGAAGCCGUCUGUGAAGGAGGCGCAAGCGCUCGCCAGCACCGAUCCGCGAAAGGCGGAGGCCACGUAUAAGGAGAUCAUAUCCAAGCCGCCUGCAGUCACGUCGGAUGCUGCUAUUAAGGAAUACGAGACCGCUUUGAUAAGUUUGGGAGAGUUAUACCGGGACGAGAAGAAACCGUCGGAGCUUGUCAACCUCGUUACUACGAGCAGAACUGUCUUAUCCAGCUUUGCGAAGGCGAAAACGGCCAAAUUGGUCCGUCAACUCCUCGAUCUCUUCGACGCCAUCCCGAACACAACCGACAUCCAGAUCGCCGUAACCAAGUCGUGCAUAGAAUGGGCCACUUCUGAAAGGCGGAGCUUCCUGCGCCAGAACCUCGAGACGCGACUCGUCGCUUUGUAUAUGAAGAAGCAGUCAUACUACGAUGCCCUAACGCUCAUCAACGGACUCCUUCGGGAGCUCAAGCGUCUCGAUGACAAGUUGGUCCUUGUCGAGGUCCAGCUGCUGGAGUCCAGGGUAUACCACGCCUUAGGUAACAACUCUAAGGCUCGCGCGGCCUUGACCAGCGCGCGGACGAGCGCGGCUUCCGUAUACACACCUCCGCUGCUGCAGGCAAACCUGGAUAUGCAGUCGGGCAUGCUGCACACGAUGGAUCAGGAUUUCAACACGGCUUUCUCGUACUUCAUUGAGGCGCUCGACGGAUACCACACGCAGGACGAGCCGGCCAAGGCUACCGCUGCGCUGCAGUACAUGCUGCUGUGCAAAAUCAUGCUCAACCUCGUCGACGACGUCAAUAACCUGAUGACCUCGAAGCAGGCGCAGAAGUACGCAGGCCAGAACCUCGAGGCGAUGAAGGCCAUCGCCCGCGCCCACUCCAACCGCUCCCUCGAGGAGUACGAGCGCGCCCUCGGCGUCUACCGAUACGAGUUAGGCUCCGACAAGUUCGUCCGCGGCCACCUGGCCCGCCUCUACGACGCUAUGCUCGAGCAGAACCUGAUCAAGGUCAUCGAGCCCUUCAGCCGGGUCGAGAUCGCCCACAUCGCGAAGAUGGUCGGCCUCGACACCCAGCAGGUCGAGCGCAAGCUCUCGCAGAUGAUCCUCGACAAGGUCAUCAUCGGCGUCCUCGACCAGGGCGCCGGCUGCCUCAUCAUCUUCGACGAGACUCAGCGCGACGAGUCCUACGACGCCGCGCUUCAGACCAUCGAGAAGCUGAGCAACGUCGUGGACGUCCUGUACACGAACCAGGCUUCGAUGUUGGAGUAAAGAGUUUAAUAUUUUUUUACUCUGUGAGUCCCCAAAAGGAGUAAAAAAAAGGAUGGAGGGUGGCGGUGGUGGUGGUGGUGAUGAGGGUAGAUCUCAAGAUGGCCUGGGCUGAUUACGGGUUUUUAAGCUUAAGCUUAGAUGGGAUAGAAACGGGAUGAUGCCCUCUGGUGUAAUAUUACUACUACUGCAUAGUCAGAGAGAGCUUGGGAGCUAGGAGCCGUCAGGUGCUAGUUCGCUAAUUCAACCAAGAUGAAGAAAAAGGGCUUUGUGAGCUUCUACGACACGAUAGGUAGUAACACAUUGCAUAUGCUACGGCUUUGGCAUCGUCAGGAUGUUGAUUAUCUCGUCUAAGAGAGUAUACAUGCACACCCAG